GCUCUCAACGAAGUGUGAAGUGAUGCAUGCACUAUAAUUUGUAAUUAAUUUUGCUUAGCACAUUAUGAAUGGUGGGUGGGGCUUAGUUAUAGCCAUUAAUUAUGUCUCAAAUAUCAACAUUGCCUAUAUAAUUAUACAGGCUAGCUAUAGGCAAAGAAACUAGGUGGCAUGGACUAUGAUGUGAUAGUAGUGGGAGCAGGAGUGGAGGGAAGCUCUACUGCAUACCAGCUCAUCAAGAAUGGAAUCAGGAGAGUGCUGCUUCUGGAGCAGUUCCAUGCUCUGCACACUAGAGGUAGCUCUCACGGCGAAUCAAGACUGCUCAGAAAAGCAUUGGCUCCAAAUAAUCUGAGGGUAUUCUCUAAAAUGGUUACCGUCUCACUUGGCAUGUUUGACGAGUUACAGAGUGAGAGUGGAAAAGAAAUAUACUGCCCAUCAGAUCACUUGUAUAUUGGGUCUAAGACUAACACGGAAUUAAAAAUUGCGGCCAGUAAUCUGCUGAGAAAUGGCAUCACUAAACCCAUCUUGUCAGCCAAACAGGUCAACCAACGCUACAAUUCACAACUGUGUCUGCCUGAUGAUUUUAUUGGGGUUUUGGAACCAGACAUGAUGAUCAUUAACAUUGUUAAGGUUGUGACUCAAUAUCAGAAACUGUUUAUGCGCGGAGGUGGUGUGCUGCUUGACAACCACUGUGUGACGGACAUUGUUCCUGGAGACAGGGUGAUUGUGAGAACUAACAAGGGUGACUUCAUCUCACGGAAGGUGGUCAUCACUGCAGGGGCCUGGGCCCCCAAACUCAUCAGCAAGCUCGGGGUGCAAUUGCCUAUCAAGACAUUAAGAGCUGAGGUGUUCUACUGGAAGGUGGAGAAUCCUAAACAUUUUAAGCCUGAGGUGUUUCCUUGUGUGGCAUUUGAGGAUGGCAAAGAGCACUUUUACAUUUUUCCUGAAAUUGAAUACCCUGGCUUGUUAAAGGUAUACCAUCGCACGUAUCGUGAUAUAGAGGUUGAUAAUCGUGAUGAGGGAGGGGCUGGACCAGAGUCAGUGGAGAAGGUGGUCCAGUUCAUCAAAACUUACCUCAGAGGAGUCGCUACAACACCAGCCAUCUUUGAGCCUUGUGUCUACUCUAUGACUGAUGGCAGAAUUCCCAUUAUCGACCAUGUACCUUUAUAUCCAAACAUUGUGUUUGCAGCUGGCAUGUCAGGAAACGGAGCCAUGAUUGCUCCAGUUGUUGGACUAUUGCUGACUGAACUAACACUCAACAAACCACUGUCCUUUGAUCUCACAUCGUUCAGGACUAAAAAAUCAAAACUUUGAUAAUAUUUCCCUAUGUAUUAUUAUACCAAGCACUCCUGAUAUACUACAGGACCUGGUAUUUUAUUUAUACAGUUGUGAUUGGUAUAUCUUGCAAUCACAUUAUUAUGCAUACAAUUCA